CUUGUUUUCCUAAAACUAAUUCCGGCUCAAUUUGCCUUCUUAGUCAAUGGAUUUGAUUCACUCACUCCAUGGGGUUUACUUUUUCUUGUGUCGAAUUGGACUAAUUAGCUACUUCGAUAAUCUUAAGCUAACUCAAGGGUAACGAAAAGGACCAGUGUUUAUCCCAUGUAGAUGCAUAGAUUAUAUUAUAAUAGCUGAUCGUGUAAAGUUAAACGCUUAUCAAGGUCUCAACUUGAUUGUAAUCUCCUAGAUUAGUUUAGUAAUCCAAUCUUCUGUUACGUUCAUCUCUGAAAUAAUGUAUCACUUCCGCUACUGUGUUAGGUCUAGUUUUACGUAGCUGUCAUUUUAGUUGGUAUUAGGUAUACCUCCACCAACCAACCAUUAAUCAUAAAGUCUAUCAUUGAGAUAUUCUUUUUAUUUUCUCUACAUUGAACAUAUUUUCCACUCAAGGCUGAAUAUAACUAUUGUAAAAUGAUAGACUUUAUGAUUAAUGAUAGAUAUCAACUACAUCAUCCAUGUAUAACUAUUGAGUGGAAAAAAAGUUAGCUGACUUCACAUGGUGAUGUAGUUGAUAUAUAUCUCCAGUAUGAAGACUCAGUAAAACAAAUUAAGAAAUCCAACUACUACUAGUUUGAGUCAUGGUUGAAUUAGUACGAAUUAGUACAUCACAGUCAAAUGUUCUCCAAUUUCUCUUCUAAUUUUUAGCAUGAGAGUUGUUGUAGGCUCAAUUAAAUAUUAAUAUUGUCUCCUUUGAGCCUAAACCGCACAACUUUAACAUAUGUCUCUAGGUUCUAUGGCAGCAAAGGCUCUUAGAGUAGAUGUAGUAUUUGGGCAUAUAAAUUCUUAACAUUCUCCUAAAUGGCAGAGCAUGUCUAGGAGAUAAAUCUGUUAUAGCAUCUUACAAGUUAGUACUGUCUUUUUUUCUCCUCAUAAUCUGUCCGGUGAAAAGAAUAUAAUGGUUCACCAAUCCCUUGAAGGGUUGAUGUAUGACUUUUCACACCUCCUCUCAAAGAAAUGGAUUUUAGGCCUAAAUCAACCUCAAAUGAUAGCUCAAAAGGUGAGAAUUGUCCGAGCCAUAUUGAAGAAACCACCAUACCUUAAAGGAACGAUGUGGGACUCUUCACACAAACUUUUCUGGUUUUGAAAGAUGUUUGUCCAUCCUUACUGUUAUCGCAUUUCCGCCUGAAAUUCUCAUUGUAACAUUUAGUUUACGGUUAGCCACUAUCAUUUUGAAUAUUUGUCGUCAAAUUGACGAGCACAUGGACUCUAAUUUAGACAUAAAGCUCAUGUUGGGUUGUCUGAUUAUAAGUCUUAAGAGGUGAAAACUACUUCUAGAAGUUGAAGUUAAUCGUAUAAAUAAGCAAUUACGUACGUGGACGGAAGUGCACGUAGUUGUAUUUGGUAAAAAGCUGUUGAUAAACACUUUUUCCAGUAAAAAUGGCUGAAAAUGUUUAUGAGUCAUAAAAUCAUAACUUAAAGGUGACCAAAUUAUGACUUACAAGAACUUUUGGUGUUACCAAACUAAUAGGUGCUAGCUCCAAAAAGUGAUUAUAAACUAAUUUAACCAAUUUAUAAGCUUUAAAAUGAAUUUCUCGUAUUUACAGUGUGGAGCAAUCAUGGGAUAUCUUAUCAUGUAGGCAAGUUUUCACACGUUACAAUAAACUAUUUAGCACAUGACUUGGGGUAUUUCAUCUGUUUUUUUGCACAUAAUACAUGUCUUAAUUUUAUGACCACUCUAGUCUUAGCUAGAUGGUUUCUUUCACGGGAUUUACUAGUUCCUUACUCACCAAAUAUUAAUAGACGACUCUAAUCAUAGUUGUAAAUAUAAUUAAAUUUCGUGAGUCAUACUAGUAGUUUUAUAUAUUAUUAAAGUAAUAUAAUAUUUUUUAGGACACGGUGUUUGUUGUAUUAGACCAAGUCUAGCACCCCUAAAUUCCAAUAGAAGCUUCUAAUAUAUCUCCCUUUUCUUGUAAAUAUAUGUGAAAUUUGGUUAUCUAUUUCGUCAAAAGAUCGUUGUACUGGUAGCUAUAUGUUGACCAAAACAUGACAAAUAAAGCACCCCAUCUUUAUCGUUGAAUUUUAUAUCUCAUCUUCCUAAUUUAAUUUGUUGUUCUUCCAAACCUCCUUUCUCUGUCCCUUAAAUCCUCAUCUCCUUUCAGCUUAGCUCCUGAAUAAAGCUCUUUUACCACGAUUACCAGUUAGCGCCUCUCUUUCUUAGGUGGUGCUAAUUCCCUUAAUCAAACAGAAAUGCAUCCUUAUUUUUUGCUCUUCACUACCACAAUAUUUAUCUUGAUCUAUAUACCGGGGUCUUUCUGUCAAGAUGACGAACAAUACAGGAGUUGUGGUGAGCCGUUUCGCUGCGGCAGCAUGGAUAUAGUUUACCCUUUUUGGGGAGGGAGUAAACCAGAGUAUUGUGGGCAUCCAAGUUUUGAGAUCAAGUGCGAAAGUAACAUCCCCAAAAUUACUAUUGAAUCAGCAGGAUACGAAGUGAUAGAUAUCAACACCCCUAAUCGAAUUGUAACCCUGGCUCGGGAUGAUUUACUGAGUAAUAUUUGUUUGGAUAAUGCUGAGAAUGCCUCCUUUGAUUUAAACACUUUCAGCUAUCUUUCGAGUGACCUGAAUAUUACUCUGUAUUUCGGCUGCACCCUCCGCCCUGGUUCGCAAUUACCAGCUUCGUCUCCAAAUAGAUUCAAUUGCAAUAGCAAUAUAUUUGGUAUAUAUACGCUGAUCAACGUUCCCUUCGACCUUAGUCUGGUAACAUGCCAGGAAGAAAUAAUAGUUAGGGUCAAUCAAACGAAUGCUGUGGCAUUAGCCAGUCCUACAGCUUCGGUGGAAGUUCUGAAAAGAGCCAUUGCUGGCGGGUUUUCAGUAAACUGGACGGCAACUAUUGAUUCAAAGUGCAACCAAUGCGAUAUGUCAGGUGGAAGAUGUGGAUCCAAUCCAGAUUCUGGAGACUUUGCUUGCCAUUGUGAAAAUGGUACUCAUCCAAACGGCUGCAACAACGGACAAAACCAAGCCGGCGAUAAUGGAAAGAAAAAUCAGACGCCACUUGCAGUAGGCCUUGGCGUAGGAGGUGCUGUACUUGCCGGCAUUGGUGUUGGGUGGCUAGUCUUCUUCUGCAGACAAAAGAGAAAGCGGAUUGCAUCACAGGCUUCACCUGUCCAAACCGAAAGCAAGGAUCUUCCAAUUUUGAGUUCAAGCAACGGCCUGAGUUCCUCUUCUACUCCUUCUUCUACCACUUUCACCAGAAGCAUUCCCUCUUAUCCAUCUUCCAAAUCUGAAGCUGAUUACGGGAGGGGAAGCUCCUACUUUGGGGCUCAUGUCUUCAGUUUUGCUGAACUUGAAGAAGCGACGAAUAAUUUUGAUCCAUCUAAAGAACUUGGAGAUGGUGGUUUUGGUGUCGUGUACUAUGGCAAGCUCCAUGAUGGUCGCGUGGUUGCAGUCAAGCGCUUGUAUGAGAACAAUUUCAAGCGUGUGGAGCAGUUCAUGAAUGAAGUAGAGAUUUUAACUCAGCUACGCCACAAGAACCUAGUGACGUUGUAUGGGUGUACAUCUAAACGAAGCCGAGAUUUACUCCUAGUUUAUGAGUAUAUACCAAAUGGGACAGUGGCAGAUCAUCUACAUGGUAAACGGGCCAAAUCUGGCUUACUCUCUUGGCCUGUCCGAAUGAACAUAGCCAUUGAGACUGCUGAAGCCCUGGCUUAUCUCCACUCCUCAAUUAUAAUACACCGUGACGUCAAAACCAACAACAUUCUGUUAGACAAUGAUUUCCAUGUGAAAGUUGCUGAUUUUGGGCUAUCAAGACUGUUCCCAACUAAUGUCACACAUGUCUCUACUGCUCCACAGGGUACACCAGGCUACGUUGAUCCUGAAUACUACCAAUGUUACCAGCUCACUGAAAAGAGUGAUGUCUAUAGUUUUGGGGUGGUCUUGGUAGAGCUGAUCUCAUCAUUAGAAGCUGUGGAUACCAACAGGCACCGCCAUGAUAUUAAUUUGUCUAAUAUGGCUGUCAACAAGAUCCAAGGUCAUUCAAUUCAUGAAUUAGUUGAUCCAACUCUUGGAUUCUCAACAAACAGCUCCGUGAGGAGGAUGACUACAUUAGUCGCUGAGUUAGCUUUCCGAUGUCUGCAACAAGAGAGAGAUCUGAGACCUUCAAUGCAAGAAGUGCUGGAGACAUUGAGAGGCAUCCAGAAUGGAGAGUCGAAAGCACACAAUGCUGAGGUACUGGAUAUUGUGGUAGAUGAUGUUGGGCUCCUAAAGGACUCCCUUUCUUCUCCGGAAUCAGUUGCCGCUGACAAAUGAGUUGACAGCUCCACACCACAUUCUAGUGGAUGAAAUAUGUUUUUCAGGUUGGUUGAAUUCGAUGCAAGGUGAGGAAGCAACUACUAUUAUGGCACUUGUGAUCAGUAUCUCGCGUCUUCCAUAGAUAAUUAAUUUCUUAUUUUUGCUUACAUAUAGUUAUGUUGUUAUCGUCAAUAUUUUCUGUGGGAGAUUAAUUUAAAACUGCUUUUCGCAUAAGGCAAUGUAUAUAAAUAGUGAAUAGGGCUGCCAACAUUCUAGUAUACAUAUGCAUCUCUGCUCUUUUGUACACCAGGUUUUGUUUCUUUAUGGACCUUAAAGACAUUUAUGCUGAGGACAUGAAAAUAAAUGCACAGCAAAAAUACACUGCA